AUGCUCACUGUAACAGGCACAGCUCACACUCUCUCUCCUCCUCAGGCCCUGACGAUCGUGGCUCUUAGUAUUUGCGAGGGGACCAGCAACUUCUCCUAUGGGAACAAAAGACGCACCGUCUUCUGUGGUGGUGUGUUGAUACUCUCCAUGGUCGUCACUCCACUCCUCCUCCUCACCUAUAUCAAGGGCACGGCUAAGGAAAUACAAAAAACGCCCUUUGAAAUACUGGUGAACUUCAUCCAGGGUGUCUUCAUGGUCGCAGCUGGUAGCAUCAUCAUCAACACCUAUUGUACCUAUCCAAAUCAAUACUCAAGUUUUGCAGAUUCAGGCAAAACUGCUGGGUCAUUCUGUAUCAUCAAUGCUGCCUUAUAUCUGGCCGAUACUUUCUUUGCCUAUAAGAAUUUUAGCUAAAUAUUCUGAUGUCAAGUUAUUAAUUUUAUAUUUUCUCAGGAUUAAAUGAGCAUAACACACUGGCUAAAACACUCUGGCAUUAUAUCUUUAUUAUACUAGUUUGUGCCUCAGUUUGAAUGAAUUUACCAAAAUAUAUGUGAUGAAUAUUUGUUAAGCAUUUUAAUUAAAAAGUUAGUGAAAAUGUU